AUGGCUUCUCCAUCGCAUGGCUCGUUUACCAGCGCGUUUAAAAGUACAUCGGCUAUCCUCGCCACCAGCACGGUGACCGCGCGUCGCGGAAUCGCCCGGCACAAGAGCCAGAAGAAGCCAAAGGUGAUGGUGAAGGCGCGGAUCGACUCCGCCGGGGAAUCGCUCGCCGCCCGCGGAUUUCUGAGAUCGCAAAAGUCUUACGAACCCCCGAAAAACGCAGCUGAGAGAAUCGACCGAAUCUGCGAGAGUCAAUCCAUCUCCGUGAACGAUGACACAAAGCUCGAGGAUCUCGUUCUUCGCUUUAAACUGUUCGUCACCUGCGAGGGGGAGUUUAAGCAUUCCAUCCCCAACUCAUUGCUUUACACCAUCGAGAGUAUCGGGGAUCUGAAGCGAUUUUAUUCGACACCGGUAGACAGCACGACGCCAUACGAAGCGCUGUGUAGAAUAGAUUUACCCAAGAAUUUGCACAUCCAACAGGAUUAUCAUCGAUUCCAUCCGGAUACCGAUACAAUGUUUAACGGUAAAACGGCGUUCCCGAAAAGCUCCACUCUCGUUACUGGUCUAAAAUAUAAGAAGAAAUAUCCUGGGCAUAUGCAGGACAAUCCAUGGUUGGACGAGCAGUUGAAGAUCUAAGGAAUCAUUGUUGUAAAUUACAAUUGCAAAAGUUGUAUUAUGUAAAGAUAAUAAAUUUAUUAAACAA